UUACAGACGGUAUUUCCAGGCGGCAGUAGCCGCAACGGGGAGAGCCGUCAGGGUUUCCUCGCUCUUAAAUGUGGGAAAGUACGAACAGGUUCAGCGAGCCAUUCGCCGCUCAAGAGCGUCACAAUCUCUCGUCAAGCGUGGGCCUUCCCAGAGAAUAAAUAUUCGCAUGUCGCCCUGAUAGAGCGCGUUCUCUUACACGGUACGGCGACGCAGUGGCCACUUCAUUCAUCCUUAUCGACCACCGAAGAUACGAUUACGCCAUUCGCCAUGCACUUGACUGCGCAGACAGCGGUCCACACCUGCGUCGUUCACAACGUUCUGCCGCCGACAGUGUUUCAGCUUCUGGCCUCUGCCAGUCGCGAAUUGUGCGUUCCUGGCGGACCAACCCUGGAUAAUUGCGCUCCUACAGCCGUGUUCGCGUGAGUGUUCCGAGUUCUAUGACGAACUUUAAUUGCGCGGUACCGCUCAGUCCCGUCAACUACAAAUUGGCCACCGCUUACGCGUUGGGCCCCUCGGACAAACCCGAUCCGCAAUCGCCUGAUGCUCUGGACUGUCGCAGCAGCCACAUCAGCAAGCGUCGCCCUCAUACCCACUGGCUGCCUCCCGGCAGCAGCCAGGCGUGCAUGUCCUGCCUUGCGCCGCCAGUCGGAUACAUCGAACAACGGAACGCGGCGUGCGUUUUGAACCGGCGAAAUCAUGACCAACGAGCAAGUCGAAGGUGCACACAAUGUGCACCUCGCGAACAUCGCAGGUGGUGUCCCCAAUUUCAAAGGUAGCAACGCAAAUAGUAGCAAUGGAUGUCUUAACGGUGUCCAUCUUAUCGGCUUUUGUAAUGAAGCUUUCGAGCCAUCAGAGUCGACGGAAGAGCUUUCCAAGUCUGGCGAUCCUUGGCACACGAGUGACUGUAUGCCUUCCAUCGUUACGGACAGGGGCCGCCCGGCCAUCCAGCGCUCGCUCACCUUGGUGGAGGCUACGACGCUUCGACAACCACGUGUCGAUAACCGGCCACGCACCGUGUCCGCGGGCAUGCACCCCGAAUUCGAUGCGGCCCGAAGACGGAACUCGCGGCGGCUGCGAUUCUGCCCCCGUGGCUCCCUGUACGACGUCAUCCAGGACCUUCCCGCUCAGCCCAUCAUCAGCGAUGCCGAAGAGGGCAAUGACAUUGCGAUCAUCGGGGAAGCACCAUUGCCCCCGAGUGAGCCAAUACCCGAAGAGCCCAAGGAUGAAGAGGUGGUGGAAACCCCGCUGGAGAUUCUCGUGCAAGUGUUCGUUCCUUUCAUGCUAGCCGGGCUGGGCAUGGUGGCAGCCGGUGUGCUGCUCAAUAAAGCGAAAUAUUUGGACGUAUUCAAGGAAAUCCCCGAACUGAUGGUUAUGGUGCCUCCUCUGCUGGGUCUGAAAGGAAAUCUCGAAAUGACUUUAGCUUGCCGUAUGUCCACACUGGCGAACCUCGGCAACGCGGCUAGCCGGUCAGCAUUGCUCAGCAUCGCCGCGGGAAAUCUUGCACUCAUCCAGUGUCAGGCAAUCGUUGCCGGCCUCGUCGCUGCCGUGCUCGCAGUCAUCAAGUCACUCGCCACAGAAGGCUGUUUAGACUGGAAUCACGUUCUCACGCUCGUCACCAGCGCGGCGCUUACGGCCGAGCUCGCGAGCAUUGUGCUCGCGAGCGUGAUGGUUCUCGUUAUAGUGUUGUGCCAACGACUGCGCAUGAACCCGGACAACGUGGCCACGCCUGUGGCCGCUUCCCUGGGCGACGUCAUUACCCUGGCGCUGCUUGCCGGCUUCGCCACGUUGCUGCAUGUUCCACUGAAAAACCAGCAAUGGGCGUCAGGCUUAUUGCUGGGCGCAGUAGUGCUUCUGGCUCCGUUGUGGGCGUUCUUGGCUUACCGUAACGCUUACACGCGUGAGGUUUUGAGCCAGGGGUGGUUGCCGGUCCUCUUCGCUAUCGUCGUUUCAAGCGGCGGCGGCUACAUACUGGAAAUCGCUAGCAGCAGGUACGAAGGCCUCGCAGCCUAUCAGCCGGUCAUCAACGGCGUCGGAGGAAACCUAGUGGCCGUGCAGGCGAGCCGAAUAUCCACGUACUUGCAUCUCAACAGCGAGCGGCCCAGCUUGCCACCGGACGAAAGCCGCUGCGUAGGACCCAUAGCUGUCUUCUUCGGUGGUUGCCUCCACGCCAGAACGGCUCGUCUUCUUCUGCUCCUACUUAUUCCGGGUCAACUCAUAUUUGUAGCCGUCAUAGACAGUGUCGAAGGGAAGGGCGAUGCUUUCCAUGGUCCCUUCGUGGCACUAUACGUAGUAGCAGCCUUCAUCCAGGUGUGCAUCUUGCUUUACGUGGCCCGUGUCCUGGUAUACACCCUAUGGAGCCGCGGGGUGGAUCCGGACAACGCGGCCAUACCGUUUCUGACUGCUCUUGGAGACCUCUUCGGCGGUGGCCUUUUGGCACUUGUGUUCUGGAUUCUGAGUGUUAUAAGUUCUCGCGUAGCACACUAAAGCCGUGAAUUAGACUCGCAAUCUGUUCAAUUGAGUUCGAUGCUCUGUCAGUGCGAAUCAAGUACAUGCAGCAAAACUUAGGUCGCGACUUCCAUCGAGUGGAGAGUUUUCUCAAUAAGUCCACCUUCUCCGCACCGGAAGUUACACGUUUGUAAUAUAACCUACAUCUUGUCGCAUCCCUUAUGCGUCUUGCGUGACUUGUGUGUUCUGGCGAACGUGUCAUCGUUGACAUUUGCGAGUUGCGAAAGACACCGUUGUUACAGAAGCAACAAAAUCUAGGGACGUGGUGGCAUGUCCAGGAGUUACGUACUAUGAAGAAAACUGUUUCGGAGUGUUCUCGUUGAGAUAAGUGUUGAAAUGUGCGAUUUGUAUAAAAGACGAUCGUCUGCAAUGCAAAGUAUUGUGGAUGAAUUUUAACGCUACUGCUUUCCUGAGGUUGGUGUCUUGUGUUUUUCUUACAAUAAGGACGUUUCCAGAGGUUUUAUUGCAUUUCAAACGUCCUAAUAAGAACAAUUUUUUGUCUUGAGCGCUUGGAAGCCUGCUGUUUUACACACCUGUUUUCAAGAAUAACAGCGAAAACAAGUGUAAUUGUGUUUUCCCAUACCUCUGCAUCAGACGAAAGCUUUCAGGGCAUUUAUUAUCAUCACAUGAACCGCACUUGCAGAAAAAUGUAUCAUUGCGCCUUGGCGCAAGUCACACAGGUUCCGGCUCGAGCAACAGGUAACCGGUAUUUUAGUACGCUGUAAGAUUUGACGAGAUGGUUCAGAUUUAUUAUGGAGGCAGCGCAAAAUGGCGAAAAUGCAGACAAAAAGUACACAGGAAAAGUGAUGAACUAACAAAUGAGUUUAGUGCCAGCCGCAACAAAUCCCGUCUGCGCGCGCAUCUUCAUGCUUCUAGCUUAGGCCAAAUCUUUCAGGAAGGCUUUUCAUUCACGCAGGUUGAUAGAAGGAACCGAUAUAGAAAAUUCCCGUUUGUUUCUUCUCUUUUUUUCUUUAAACGAAAAGUAGGUGAUAAGGGCACACAACCGGACCAAGCGAUCGACUUAAAACUGAGUUUAUUGCAGAGUGCAAGGAAUGCAUUUAUAAAGCCCGUCAGCGUGCGCACGUCUUCAAUACAUUUAAUGUAAAAAACGUGAAAUUUGCCUAGCGCUUCUUUCUAUCAAUCUGCUUGAAUGGGAAAUCAGCAAGAUUUUGCCUAAGCUAGCAAUAUUAAUGUGCGCGCGUAGACUGGAUUCCUUGCAGUUUGAAAAACAUAGUCAUUGGUUUGUUCAGCGCUUGUCCUGUGCACUAAUGUUCUUUGUGUUGACGUGCGUUUUUCGCUGCCGUCAUUAUGACCAUUUAUGGUGGUCGGACGAAGAAUAAAAACUGCCUUCGUUUGGUACCUUCAAGGGGCCCGUCUAGCUGAAUCUAUCUGAGGUACUAUCGUCCUGCCAAAAUAUGUACCAUCGUG